AUGCAUAUAUGGUUAUGGUUUGCCGUUACGAUUAUUAUUGUUGUUUUGACAAUUGAAAAUGGUGAAAUAGUCGCGAAAGAGGACGAGGUACCAUUAUUCGUUCACCACGCGUCAAACGUAAGCAAAUUUUGUCUGGAACCUGGAAACAUGAGAACAUUUAUGUAUUUGGUCAGAGAUAAAUUCGAACCCGUUUUAAAUGUUUAUUUAUUUCAAUCGGAUUGUUGCGAAGACGUAAGUGCGUUAAAUUUUAUUUAUUUAUUUAUUUAG